GCUUCCACCCUGGCAUGGAAACCCUCCCCGAAUCAUCCUCCACUUGCCAUAACCUCCAGUCCGCCCUCACAGAACCCGCCACAGUUGACAAGCUCUUAGCCAAAGAAGUCUCAGAUGGCUUCAUGAUUGGUCCAUUUUCCAGCCCUCCUUUUCCCAUCCACCGCAUUAGCCCUCUUGGCAUUGCCACAAGAAAAUACUCCGGAAAAAAGAGACUCAUCAUCGAUCUUUCCUCUCCUCACGGUACCGCUACCCCUAGCAUCAACAGCCUCAUCCCCAGCCCAGACUUUUCCAUGCACUACUCAACCAUCACACACGCCACCAAUCUCAUCCGUCGCGCCGGCCGUGGCGCCUGGCUGGCCAAGGCAGACAUCACAAGCGCAUUCAAAGUGCUACCCAUCCGCCCAGAUCAUUGGGGAUUCUUUGGAGUCCACUGGAAAGGCCGGUACUACUUCGCUGUCCGUCUAACUUUCGGGUGCAAGAGCAGCCCCAAAAUAUUCGAUUCCCUUUCCGAGGCACUCUGCUGGAUCCUGCUGAACAACUACAAACUCCCAUAUGUCAUCCACCUUCUAGACGACUUCCUCACAGUCACCCCACCCGCCUCACCCCCAUCACACGGCCUCUCCACCCUCAAGUCAGCCUUCCACCAGCUCGGUGUCCCCCUUUCCCCAGAGAAAACGGCAGGACCCAGUACAUCCCUUGAGUUUCUCGGUAUUUCACUCGAUUCACUCACCUUCCAAGCCGCCCUGCCAAUUGAGAAACUCCACCGUAUCUCCCUGUACAUAUCUAACUACCUCCUAGCCUCCCGCUGUACAAAGCGCCAGCUUCUCUCCCUCCUGGGCCACCUUAACUUUGCCAUCCGCAUCAUUCCCCAAGGGCGCUCCUUCAUUUCCCACCUUUUAGCCAUAUCUGCCACCAUUCCUUCUCUCCAUGAUUUUGUCACCCUGGACGCCGCCUGUAAGAUGGAGCUCCACAUGUGGCGGGACUUCCUCUCCUCUUGGAACGGCGUGUCCUUUUUCUACGACGACCACCUGACCCAACCCGAAGACAUCCAGUUAUACACGGACGCAGCUCCCUCCAUCGGUUUUGGCGGUUACUACGGCGGUAAAUGGUUCGCCUCCAAGUGGCCUCCGGAAAUGUUCUCACUUUCCCACUCUUCAGCCCUCUACGAGCUGUACCCCGUCGUCAUCGCAGCACUUCUUUGGGGGCACGAGUGGUCUUCUAAGGUCAUUCUCAUCCACUCAGACAACCAACCCACCGUUGACAUCAUAAACAAAGGCCGCUCCCAAUCUCUGGACGUCAUGAAAUUCGUACGCAGACUGACCCUAACUUCCGCCCAACAUCAGUUCAUCAUCCGCGCCGCCCACAUUCCCGGUUAUAAAAACACUAUAGCUGACUCCCUUUCUUGUUUUUCUUUUCAGAAAUUCAGAGCCUUGGCACCCAAUUCGGACCCUCAUCCAACACCAGUCCCUCCAUUUUCAACCACGAUCUUCCCCUAAACCAUCAGCUUCGCCACCU